GCGAGAUGUCAUCCAGUCGUCCGCCAUCGCUGUAGAGACAGAGGGAGAGAGUAAGCUACAAGGACUCAAACCUGGGGGGAAAGAGGGCGAUAUUUGUCCGUGUUUCCCCUCAGCACACCCACCCUAACGUCUGUUGAUGGCAUCGCUCCCUAACCCAAACAUGUCCAGCCUCAAACCCGGCACCAAGAAGGACACCAAAAUGCGGAUCCGCGCUUUCCCCAUGACCAUGGAUGAGAAGUAUGUGAAUAACAUCUGGGAUCUUCUGAAGAACGCCAUCCAGGAGAUCCAGCGGAAGAACAACAGCGGGCUGAGCUUUGAGGAGCUCUACAGGAACGCCUAUACCAUGGUGCUUCACAAACAUGGGGAGAAGCUCUACACGGGCCUCAGAGAAGUGGUCACCGAACACCUCAUCAACAAAGUGCGUGAAGACGUGCUUCACUCUUUAAAUAACAAUUUCCUGCAGACGUUAAAUCAAGCAUGGAAUGAUCAUCAGACUGCCAUGGUCAUGAUUAGAGACAUUUUGAUGUACAUGGAUCGUGUGUAUGUUCAGCAGAAUAACGUGGAGAACGUCUACAAUCUCGGCUUGAUCAUCUUCAGAGAUCAGGUUGUGCGGUAUGGCUGCAUCAGAGAUCAUCUCAGACAAACUCUACUGGACAUGAUCGCUCGAGAACGUAGAGGAGAGGUGGUGGACAGAGGGGCCAUCAGGAAUGCCUGUCAGAUGCUGAUGGUUUUGGGCUUAGAAGGUCGGUCCGUCUACGAGGAGGAUUUUGAAAUCCCAUUUUUAGACAUGUCUGCUGAGUUCUUCCAGAUGGAAAGUCAGAAGUUCUUAGCGGAGAACAGCGCCAGCGUUUACAUCAAGAAAGUGGAGGCUCGGAUAAACGAAGAGAUUGAACGAGUGAUGCACUGCCUGGAUAAAUCGACAGAGGAGCCCAUUGUGAAGGUGGUAGAGAGAGAGCUCAUCUCCAAACAUAUGAAGACCAUCGUGGAGAUGGAGAACUCGGGCCUGGUCCACAUGCUCAAGAAUGGAAAGACGGAAGACCUGGCGUGCAUGUAUAAGUUGUUCGGUCGGGUUCCUAACGGGCUGAAGACGAUGUGUGAAUGCAUGAGCUGGUACCUCAGAGAACAGGGUAAAGCGCUGGUGUCUGAGGAAGGAGAGGGCAAGAACCCAGUUGACUACAUCCAGGGUUUGUUGGACUUGAAGUCACGCUUCGACCGGUUCCUGCAGGAGUCCUUCAACAACGACAGGCUCUUCAAACAGACUAUCGCUGGAGACUUUGAGUAUUUCCUCAACCUCAAUUCCCGAUCACCCGAGUACCUCUCGCUCUUCAUCGACGACAAACUCAAAAAAGGAGUGAAGGGGCUGACAGAACAGGAGGUGGAGUCUAUCUUGGAUAAAGCCAUGGUACUGUUCAGGUUCAUGCAGGAGAAGGACGUAUUUGAACGUUACUACAAACAGCACCUGGCAAGAAGACUCUUAACCAAUAAGAGCGUUUCAGAUGACUCGGAGAAAAAUAUGAUCUCCAAACUAAAGACGGAGUGUGGUUGUCAGUUCACCUCUAAACUGGAGGGCAUGUUUAGGGAUAUGAGCAUCUCUAAUACCACUAUGGAUGAAUUCCGCCACCACCUGCAGACAUCACAGGGGUCCCUCUGUGGUGUUGAUCUCACAGUGAGAGUUCUGACCACAGGUUACUGGCCCACACAGUCAGCCACGCCAAAAUGCAACAUCCCACCCUCUCCACGCCAUGCUUUUGAGGUCUUCAGAAGGUUUUAUUUGGCUAAGCACAGCGGCAGGCAACUCACACUCCAGCACCACAUGGGUUCUGCAGACCUCAACGCCACCUUCUACGGUGCCAUCAAGAAGGAGGAUGGCUCAGAUGUUGGUGUCGGCGGGGCACUACUAACAGGCUCAAACACACGGAAGCACAUUCUGCAGGUGUCCACCUUCCAGAUGACCAUCCUCAUGCUCUUCAACAACAGAGACAAGUUUACCUUUGAGGAGAUCCAGCAGGAGACAGACAUCCCGGAGCGUGAGUUGGUCCGGGCCCUGCAGUCUCUAGCCUGCGGGAAACCCACCCAGAGAGUUCUCACGAAAGAGCCCAAGAGUAAAGAGAUCGAGAGCGGCCACGUGUUUACAGUCAACGACCAGUUUACCUCCAAAUUGCACAGAGUCAAAAUACAAACAGUUGCUGCUAAGCAAGGCGAGUCAGACCCAGAGCGCAAGGAGACGCGGCAGAAAGUAGACGAUGACAGGAAACAUGAAAUUGAGGCUGCCAUUGUUCGCAUCAUGAAGUCCAGGAAGAAGAUGCAGCACAACGUACUGGUAGCAGAGGUGACCCAGCAGCUGAAGGCACGGUUCCUGCCGAGCCCCGUGGUCAUUAAAAAACGCAUUGAAGGACUUAUAGAAAGAGAAUAUUUGGCCCGGACACCAGAGGAUCGUAAAGUCUACACGUACGUGGCAUAGUGGAUCACAUGGCUGCACAAGGAGAUGAGCGAGCAACACAAAGACAGAAAAAAUAAAAAGAUUCUGGACUGCUUUUCGCAUGGACUGGGAAGUUCCUUUUAAACAAAAGAUGAACUCUGGGUAGCGGACUUCAUUUAAAAGCAAACCAAGAAAUAUAAACCAUACAGUCGGGAAAAUAAUCAGGAAGCAAAAUAAGAAAUCCAUAAUUGUGUUCUAGAUUAUUUUUAAUUAGAUCACUCCCACUCUUUUGAGAAUUUCUGCUAUGAAUGGAUCCAGCUUCAGUCUCUUCACUGUUUUACCCUCGUAGAGAUCAAAAUGAAAAUAAUUCCUUGGGAAAAUGUGAAUGCACUGCACAUGUUGUUUUAUUUUUGUUUUUAAAUACUGUGUAAAAGACAGAAUUAUUAAAACCCUUAACAAAACAGUCAAAAACGUGGCUAUGGAAAUAAAAAAAAAUAAAAAAAAUAAAUAAAAAAAACAUUGAUAUUGAACCAUUUGCUGCUUUUUGCAGAAGCCAUUGUGGUUUCCACAGUAACGUCAAGGCACAGAGAUGGUGCGGAUGCUCAACAUGUCAAUGUAAUUUCAUUCCUGGUUUAUUAAACAAAUACAAAUGUUCCUCACUGUCCCUGCUGACCGCGUCUCCCGAGGCACGUGAAAUAAAAAGCAGCCAAAUGACUGGGAGAAUUAGCCGCUACAUCACCAUCUCCAAUUUCCUCUUAUUAAAGCUCUAAAACGCCAUUACUGCCAAACUUGAAUUAUGUGUGGCCCUGGUCCAAACAGAAUCAAAUUUUUUUUAGAAAUGGACAGAGCAGAUGAGCCCAUUUCACCGAUACUCCCUCAUGAAAUAAAAGUUAGCUAAAAAAAAAGGCAGCGGGAAGCAAAA